AUGGGAGACCUGGACGGGCUACUUACAAACAUGAAUUUGUUUGAACAACGGAAUACUAUUCCACCGAUAAUCGACAUGUCACUUUCACAACUUCUAAAAGAAAUUCAACAACCCCGGUUUUACCCUGAUGUAAAAGGGAAAACGAUCAAAAAGAUAGAAAAGUUCCGCGACCGCUCGCGAGCCGUUGCGAUUCGCCAAGUACCGAUUUCUGUUGGAGGGACUCGCGAUGAUCUGGACCCAACGGAGUAUUUUGUGAAAGAAUAUAACACUUUAUGUAAUGAAAUAGUCAAGGACAUUGCCGAGAAGUCGUUCUUUAACAAAGAGAAGGAAGAAAUGACGGACCCUGGCCUUGAUAUUGAAAUCGAAGAAUGUCCGAUGCCUUUGAAUGUUCUUGGAAACGUUCUUGACUUGCUUAAUAGUCAACUUGAUGUUGAGUACGAGACAGUACUUCCUCUAUUCUCUAAAGAGUUUGUCUCCCUUCCCGUCCAGUUUGUUGUUGGAUUGGCUAAACUCGACUCUGCACUGAGAAAUGGGACAUGUGAUGGGACUAUUUCCGAUCGAGGUUCACAUAUGGAUUAUUCACAAGAUAAUGCAAUUCGGUGUGCGUCUUUGGACUUCUUAGAAAUCCUGUUCUCGGACUUGUUGUUCGGCGACACGGAAAGAACACCACAGAAAGUCCAGGCGAGACUUGCGAGUUUGGCGGAGCAGCUGUUGAUGCAAAUGGGACACGUUCUUGUGAUGAAAAAGAAAUACACGGCAAUCAUUUAUUUGAUGUUACGUGGUGGACUGAAAUAUGAUCUUUUGACGUACUUGGCCACCCCGGACUGUCAUGCUCUUCCACCACUAUUUGUUGAGUUAGUCAAGAUAUACAUUGGACGUACAGAGACCUUUAACCAACAACACAAAUACGCGCUAGAAAUGGCAAUGAAGGCUUUCAUUGAAAGUAAAGAUUACUUUGGGAUACUCGUCUGUUCAAUAAUGAGUGGUGUGGAAGUGAUUGGGAGGUUCCGCGAGAUCGAUGUCGUAGUGAAGUACUCUCUUGAUGACUUCAUAUGGUAUUACCUUACUGUACUUUCUAAUGAUAUUGAACGAAGGAAAACGUUUAUGUAUCAAAUGUCAUGUGAGACGUCGAUCGUGUACCCUUAUUUGUAUUGUGUUGUAUCUCAAUUUACCCAAUGUUUGGCUAUUUUGCUUCAUGACACGAACAAAACGUAUGAGAAUAUCAUAGCAGUUAUUAUGAUGUGCGAGUUGUUGGAAAGGCACGACAUGAUCACGAUCAGUAAAGCGAAUACAUUGGAACAGUUGAUGAAGAGAGGCCUGAUUGAGACAAAUUGCGUGUUUAAUAAAGCCAAGUUCAUACUCUUAGUGAUUAAGACGUACCAACCGACACCUGUUGAUAUACAGAAAUUGCUGAAUCUUCUUGACCGGAAAUAUUACAAAGAAGCGUUGAUUAAAGUAGUUGUUGAGUAUGGACGUUCUGAUAUGAUGAAUGAGGACGGAGUCUUGUGUGAUGUUGAGUGUGUAGAAACGAUCAGCCGGAAAUCGGAGCUUGAGAAUCCUGAGGUUGCGAUGAUGGUCAACUCUAUAACAGGGAAUAUGAACGAGUAUGUUCGGAUCAUUAAUGAUCGUGCUGCGAUGAUGUUAAAUGACCGAGGGGAACGCGAGAAUGCACGAAAUGAGUUGGGGAGAGUGACAGAUAUUGUGUUGAAAGAUGUGAACGACAUUGGAGUGAGGAACGAUUUCUAUUUACUCAACAAGAUAUGCGACGGGUAUGAUGCGUGCGAGAGAAAAGAUAUUCAAUUUGUCAUGAAAUUUGUUUCCGAGGGAGAAGUCUUCCCCGUUGGAUUUCCUGGAAUUGAUCAGUGCGUUGUUAACAUCCAAACGAUUAAGUCGUACGUGUUAAGAAAAGUCCUCAACGGCAUUUACUUUGAGUUUGUGAAUUUACUCAUCGAAUUUUUGAACGAAGCUGCGCGAACGGGAAUUGUGAACAGUAAUUUGAAUGUCCCUGUGGUGAAGGAAAUCGUCAAAAGUUGCUUUGUAGUCAUUAGCUUCUUGCCUCAAUAUUUUGUAGAACAACCUUUCUUACAACUGAUGAAUGCUAACAGGUACUUACUCGCCUAA